AUGAAUGAAAACAAAGAAGUCAUUAGGAAAUAAAUUGGAGAUUACAGUUUUGAUAUGAAUGAUAUCAUUGGAGAAGGAUAUUCAUCCAAAGUCUAUAAGGGAAUUCACAUGGCUACUCACUAAGUUGUGGCGAUUAAAGUCAUCUCUUUAGAAACCUAUAAUUCACCAAUCCAGAAAUCCCUUCUUUCAAAUGAAAUCAAGAUUCUGCUAUAAAUAGAUAAUCCUAAUCUCCUAAGAGUUUAUGAGAUAAGUCAGAGUGCGAAUAACACCUAUAUAGUGAGCGAAUAUUGUGAAGGUGCCAGUUUGGAAGAACUACUAAAGUAAGAACCAAUGAAAACCGAGAAGGUUAUUGAUAUACUGACAUAAAUUUGCAAAGGUCUCCUUGGUUUACAUUAAAAAAAUAUCAUUCAUAGAGACAUUAAGCCCGCUAAUGUGUUAAUAAAAAAUGAUAUUUUUAAACUUGUUGAUUUUGGUUUCGCUCUUAUUGAGAAUUAAUAUGAUAGCAUACUUAAACGAUAUAAUGUUGGCACUCCUCUGUAUAUGGCACCUGAAAUUCAUCUGCUCAAUUAAUAUUCAGAAAAAAGUGAUGUCUGGGCUUUAGGAAUCAUGUUACACGAGAUGUUAUUUAAAGCAGCUCCCAAAUUCAAGUUUAAUGAUUAAACCCUUAUGCAAGAAAUAAAAGAAAACUGUCAAACUCUCGACAUCAUAAAUUCUAAAUUAAUUGUUCGAUUACUCGAAGGUAUGCUGUAAUUAGAACCUGAAGACAGAAUAACAAUUUAAUAGAUUCUUUAAAUUUUAUAAGAACAUCAAUCAUCCUAGUCAUCUGUGUCUAAGUAGGCUUCACACUUAGUUAAACUGUCCCAAAAGUCUGUGUCUACUUAAGUUAAUUCUCCUCUUUAAUCAAAAGGAUUCAGGUCACCAAAUGAAAUCAGAAAAAAAUACGUUCGACAACGUUUAUCUGAUAAUAAGCCUUUAUCCUUUGAUGAUCAAACUCUGGCCAAUCUUGUUAGAGUGUAAGCGUAAAAGAGAGGUAAAGAAUUUGAAAUUACUUAAUUUACUUAUGAGGAUGAGGUUCCAGGUAAAAGUACUGGAGGAAAUUUCAACUAAUAACCUUUCAGAUAUUCUCAUUAAUAAAGUGAUUCAGAGAUCAAUAUUGAACUUAUUGAGUAAAUUAGCACUGAUUGCUCAGUUCAGAAAUCUUCAAAAUAAAAACUUCUCUCCUAAAAUAGGAAUUAAGAAAUUGAUUUACCAGUAAUAUUGAAGCCUACCUAUGAAUUUUGUGAAUUUAUUGAAUAAAUAAUAUAGAAUUUUCCUAAGCAGGAUGAUGAUCUCUUAUUAAAGAUGUAAUUUUUAUUAAGAAAGUUAUUGGCCAUCAAAGCUAAAGUAUUCUACACAUUUGCACCUCUUAAAAUAAAAUCUUAAUUAGAUAACUGGAUAAGUCAACUUCAAUAAUACUAUCAAAAAAUUCAAUGUCUCGUCAACUUAAAUUUAGAUAAAACAUUUUAAUUAUUUUUUAAUUCUAAUCUAGAUGAUUAAGGAAAACUAUUAACAAUGUACAUAAUAAGUUUAGCCAAUUAAAUGGUCAAAAAAUCAAAUGAAAUUAAAAUAGUAAUUGAAAUUUUGGAGGACAAUUUAUAACAUCAGAAUGACCCAUUUCUGUUUGCAAGAAAAUGGGUCUUUCAAAAAUCAUCAUGA